UAUGUAACUCGCAUUUAUUAUUAGCGUUAUUGUUGGGUUUUGGCGUUAUAUCAUGUGUUCAAGAUUACUUCAAGCUUUUCCCUCAGUGGUUCAUGGCGUGUCGACAAGAUUUACACGUACGCUGACAGGUUUUACGGUAAAGUUCGUGUAUGAAACAGACAAUUGUGUCAACGGUCGUGCUGGGAGAAACCCUAUGGUUGGCAGGUACCGGUACUCGAGUAUUGUGAAUCAAUCCCGUGCAUUGUCAACGCCGGCAAAGCAGUAUGAGGUAUUGUCGCAUAUUGAACAGGUUAUGACAACUUUUGAAGACCAUAAAAUACAUAAAUUUCAAAGUUUUCUUGUUUCUGAUGAUGCAUUGGUUCAAAUUUGUGAUGCUUAUUUUCAAUUAGAACUGAAUGAAAGAGCUGCUGUUUUGUCUUGGUUGUGUGCUAAGUAUGGUGUGCAGCAUAAUGAACUACUGGAAACAUGUGAGAUAUUACAGAAGUGCAUUAAUAAGAGAAAAGAUGCAACCCUCUUGCUUGCUGAGAGCCGAAUGAGACUUCAGUUAGAACCUCUCUAUAACCAAAUAUUUAAACUAAUUGGAAGGUUGGAUAAUGGUGUUAAACAUCUUGUGGACAUUAGACACGAUGUAGAGACAAUUGCAAAGUCUAAAGCUGCAAAUAUUGAUGUUGAGCAGUUUCAAAAUUUGUCGAACCAUUUAAAAGUAAUUCUAUCUCUAUGGUUUUCAGUUGGACUUUUACAACUUAAACGUAUUACUUGGGAGACACCAGCAGAUAUUCUUGAAAAAGUUGGGAGGAAUGAAUUAGUCCAUCAAAUUCGUAGCUGGCUGGAUUUAAAACACAGACUUGGGCCAGAUCGUAGAUGUUAUGCCUUUUUCCAUUCAAGUAUGCAAAGGGAGCCGCUGGUCAUGCUGCAUGUUGCAUUGACUGAUACAAUUUCCAGUGAUAUCACAUCAAUAGUUGAUUAUUCUAAUAAGCAAGUAAAAAGUAAUGAACAACCAACAACUGCAAUAUUUUAUUCAAUUUCUUCAACCCAAAAUGGUUUACAAGGGAUUGACUUCGGCAUCCAUUUGAUAAGAAAAGUGGUUGAAGAAAUAAGCAAAGAGUUUUCGACUGUCAAUCAGUUCUCCAGCUUGUCUCCAAUACCCCAGUUUCGAAGUUGGUUUAUGACGCAACUGAAACUCACAGCCAAGUCAAAGUCUGAGCAUGAAUUGUUACUUCCUAGUGAAGUAAAAGAAUUAUCAGCAAUUUUAAAUGUUUCCAAUGAUUCUGUGUAUAAUAGUGUAUGGACCAUUCUACAGGACAAAGCAUGGAAGAUCGAUGAUAACCUACACAAGCUCUUAAAAGUGAUUUUAGUUCGAGCUUGUGCACAUUAUUUACAUAAUGUAAAACACAGGGGGUUUGCAUUUGACCCUGUUGCAAACUUUCACUUCAGAAAUGGUGCUAUGUUAUGGAGAAUCAAUUAUAAUGCAGAUCCAAGUAUAAAAGGAUAUGAAGCAUCAUUUGGUUUAAUGGUAAAUUACAGAUACUUUUAAAAUGACAUUAUUUCUUACAGCCAGAAAUCCAUUCUUCACCAGGAAGUCACUGCAUCUGAAUCUGUAUUGCAACUGAUCUAAUCAAAAUAUUAGUUCUAUUUUUUUGCUUUCUUUUUUUAUUAUUCUUGAAAAUAAUUUAUUAAUUCUGUUUCUUCUAUGCAAUAUAUAUAUAUAUGCCCAAAGGAUUAGUAAUAGUAAUAUUAUUAGGUCAAUUUAAGUGCUGUUCAAUAAAUUUCUUUGGUGCCACUGUUAAUUUUUUGCAAUAUUACUUAGUACUAAGAAGAAAUAGUAGCGGAUAUCCAAGGGUAAACAAGGACAGACCUAUCUUUCCCAA